AUGCCGGUCAUGGCCGGCUUGAGUGCCUCCUUCUCCAGUAGCGAGUUCUUCAUCACCACCAGCGACGUGCUCUCGGGAAGCUUCCUGCGAAGGUCCGACAUCUGCUUGACCUGCGGAAGGGGGGCAGAAAGGAGGGGGGAGGGAAAGGGGGACGGGUGGGAGGGGGGGGAAGGAGGGGGAGGAGGAAGAGGAGGAGGAGGAGGAGGAGGAGGAGGAGGAGGAGGAGGAGGAGGAGGAGGAGGAGGAGGAGGAGGAGGAGGAGGAGGAGGAGGAGGAGGAGGAGGAGGAGGAGGAGGAGGAGGAGGAGGAGGAGGAGGAGGAGGAGGAGGAGGAGGAGGAGGAGGAGGAGGAGGAGGAGGAGGAGGAGGAGGAGGAGGAGUGAACCGAGCGAAGCACCUAUAA